AUGGGCGGCUACUUCUCUAGCCUCCGCGCUAAGGAGCGCCGCAUCGUAGAGGAUAUAGAAGAAUAUGAUCCUCACGGCCCCGACAGAGUGGUGCAACCCGCGAGAGCGGUGCAGUUGGUUAUCGACGAAUCCGGCUUAGACGGGUUCCAGUGGAAGGUCUGGCUAGUCGCUGCCUCGGGAUUCUUCACCACUUCCUAUAGCAUCUUCGCCGUCAAUGUCGUCAGUCCUGCUCUAAGCUAUGUUUACCCAGAAUGCAGGUCCGGGUGGUCGACGAAUUCGCUGGCCCUCACCUUGACCACGUUGAUCGGGACGAUGGUCGGUAUGGUCCUAUUUGGGCACCUGGCUGAUAGGUAUGGCCGCAAAGCCAUCUACGGCUUCGAGUUGGGUAUUGUUGUUGUUGCGACGGUGGGUAUGACGACAGCAUCCUCAGGCCACCGAAACUCGAUGAACGUAUACGGUUGGAUUGGGUUCUGGCGUGCUCUAUUGGGCAUCGGACUGGGCGCUGAGUAUCCGCUUUCGGCCAUAAUUGCGGCAGAAUGGUCUUCUACUAAGUCCCGAGGCAAGAUGAUAGCAGCCGUCUUCCUCAUGCAGUCGAUAGGCCAGCUUGCGGCUUACGCUCUAGGCUUGGUCAUCCUUUACGGGGUGGGUAGCGCCCUUGGACUAUCGCGCGGCGAGACAGAUUACGAAGUCGCAUCGCCAGUAAUCGAUGUAGUGUGGAGGGUGACAAUUGGGAUCGGGGCUAUACCAGCUCUCAUCUCGCUGAUAUUGAGACGCAUCAUCCCCGAGACACCGUAUUACUUAGCCGAGAAAGGGAAGGUUGCGGAUGCUAUGGAAGCAGCCGUGCACCUAUAUGCGCGGGAUGGGAAUGUUCUCCCUACUGACCAAGGCAGUACCAUAGCGUCACGUCGCUCUUCGGGCAUUUUCGAACCGGCCGCCUCCCAGUACUCUGGAGCGCCCCAACCGGAAAGUCGGGGCCGCGAGAGCUGGAUAAUGGCGGUGGCCAAAUAUGUCGGCGAGGUAAAAAGACAUCUCGCGGAGAAGGGCCGGUGGCGUGCUCUGGUAGGCGUUAUGGCAACAUGGUGGAUAUUGGAUCUGGCCUUUUACGGCCUGGGCCUAGACAACCCGAAUACCAUCUCUACAAUUUGGCUCUCGAAGCCGCCGCCGCAGUCAGACAUCUCUACAUCGCCAGGGGAGCUUGAGUGCAGGAAUGCGACAUGGCGGGCUGAUCCGGCCCGACCCGACAUCACGAUAUAUGAGAUGCUUGAGCAAGACAGCAUCCGAAGCCUCUUAACCAUCUCAACGGGCGCUCUACCCGGAAGCCUGAUCAUCCUGUUUGCCAUUGACUACCUCCCUCGUACCACAUGGAUGGGCUGGAUGUUCGUUGUGCUUGCCGGGCUAUUCGCCAUCAACGGCGGGACGUUCUUCGUCACAUUCCAGACGGAUAAGCACGCGUUGACGGUAACUUUGUACGUGCUUGCGCAGGUCAUCUUCAAUCUCGGCCCAAAUACCAUGACUUUCAUCCUUCCCGCAGAGCUCUUCGCCACCAAGUAUCGGGGCACCUUCUACGGCCUCGCGGCGGCUUCGGGGAAGCUGGGUGCCGUGACGAUACUGCUGUUUAUGAAGCUGGGAAUAAACGAGUACAACCACGAGUUUGCAGGAAUGUUGCUAGGGUUCUGCCCGGCAAUGCUCUUGGGGGCUUUCAUUACUUGGGUCUGGAUCCCCGAAGUUCAGUAUCCCCGCGGGCACGAGGGGAAGCCCGUAACUGGUGACGACGCAUCGGACGCCGGAGUUCCCAUAGAAUCGGAAAUGGCCACAUUCAGGCGGAGGCUCAAGCUGCCAAACAUACCCCUAGCGGACAUUGCCGAAAAUCCAGGCCAGGGACAAAUACUAGGCAUGAGGCGGAACAUCGCUCGACUUUUCCGAGGGAAGAGAACCCAGGGCGGGGACGCAGACGAACGAAAGAAUUCAGCGGAAGAGGGAGCUCGUAUGUUUGGCUCAGAUGAGCAACGGGAUUCUGUCGAUGAUGACGGACGCCGUGGUGACAGCCGGCUCGAGGAAGUCGACGUGUCUGAUGGCCUAGAGGCGAGAGAAACACAUCGCGGGCCGUAUCCCAUACGUCAUCAUCCAAGCUAUGAGUUAAGUGAAAGAUAG